AUGCCUCGGAAAGCUAAAUCCAAGUCUCAACCUGAGGUGAAGCCGGCUGCACCAGAGGAUAAAGAGCACGGAGAGGAAGAACUUGCGGUGAAGGAUCCCCCCACUGUCGAUCCAUAUAAAGUCCUACAAGUCUCGAAAUCCGCUACACCCGAUGGCAUCAAAUCCGCCUAUCGCAAACUGGCGCUCAAGCACCAUCCAGACAAAGCCCGUGCAGAAGACCGAGAAACCGCUCACAAAGCGUUCCAGGAGAUCGCAUUUGCCUAUGCUAUCCUGAGUGACGAGCGCAGACGCAAACGGUACGACGUUACAGGCAGCACUGCAGAGAGCGCGAAUUUGGAGGAUGAUGAUUUCAACUGGGUCGACUUCUUCCGCGAACAGAGUGAGAAUGUAGUGAGAGGCGAGAUGAUUGAGCAGGUGAAGAAGGAGUACCAGGGUAGCGACGAAGAAAGAGACGAUGUGCUGGCAGCAUAUGCACAGAACGAAGGAGACAUGGACGCCAUUUUCGAGAGCGUCAUGUGUAGCGAGGUGUUGGCUGACGAGCAGCGAUUCAGGAACAUCAUUAAGGAUGCCAUCGCUCGAGGCGAGGUGGAAGCCUACGACCGGUUUACGAAGGAGAGCAAGAAGAGCCGAGAGAAACGGAAGACCAAUGCUAAAAAGGAAGAAGCAGAGGCAAUGGAACUUGCUCGCGAGUUGGGCGUCGAGGACAAGCUGUUUGAAAAUGAAGUCGCCAGCAAGAAGUCAAGAAAAGGAGGGGGCGACGACAAUACACUCAAAGCUCUGAUCCAGCAACGCCAGCAAAGCAGGGCCCAGAAUUUCCUCGACGACCUGGAGGCGAAGUACGGCGGUGGAUCGAAGAAAGGCAAGCGCAAGGACAUGGAUGAGCCGCCAGAAGAAGCAUUCCAGAAGAAUGCCAAGAAGGGCAGGAAGACGGCCAAAGCUUGA